CGCCGACACUGGGCACACUGUAUUUUUGUUGCUCGACGAGGAAAUACUAUUAGUAUUUUUUUUUCGUUCAUCCUAAAAGUUUAAGUGGACGAGACGAGCGGCGGCCCACUCGACCCCUAAUCGAAAUUCAGAAGUGUAUUGUUUUGGCCGAGAACAGUUUGUCAGGGAACUUCACUUCAUUUACGCUCCGAAGCGGCAAAAGUAGCAUUCCCAAAAACGAAUAAAAUCUAAAUUCAAAUUCAAAUCCAAAUAGAAAUAGAAAUAUAAGAGCCAUAAGCUGAAGUUAACGAGACGAGACAACAAUUCGAUUCGGCGGUUUUUGUUUUUUUUUGCCAGUGUGUGUUUGUGCUACGCUAAAAGCAAAGCAUAUAUGUGACAACCAAACGCCAGGGAAAAACUGAAAAUCCGAGCAAAGGAGACAAACCAAAAAAGCCAAUUGAGAAAUUAAAGCAGCUGAAGCAACAGCAACAUGGACCUAAUCAAUAAGUUCAGCAAUGCAUUCUGGAGUACGCAAAUCUGGCUGCCCCCGAACACAACCUGGGCGGACAUUGCGCCCGGCUCGCGACCAGAUGUGGUGCACGCCAACUACAAGGACCUCAUUUGGCCCAUUCCAUUUGCCGCUGUCGUCAUGCUGGUCCGCUACACGCUGGAGCGUUUCUGGAUAUCGCCCGUAGGCAAAUCACUGGGCAUACGUAGUUCUAGACCUAAGAAAGCGGCAAAUGUUCCUAUUUUGGAGAAGGCCUAUGCCAAGUCGACGCGAUUGGACAAGAAAAGUCUGGGUCCGCUGUCCAAGCAGACGGAUAUGAGCGAGCGCCAAAUCGAGCGCUGGUGGCGUCUACGAAGGGCCCAGGAUAAACCGUCGACACUUGUCAAGUUCUGCGAGAACACCUGGCGCUGCAUCUACUAUCUGUACAGCUUCAUCUUUGGCGUGAUCGUGCUGUGGGACAAGCCGUGGUUCUGGGAUGUAAAGAGCUGCUGGUACGGCUACCCGCAUCAGUCGAUCAGCAAUGAUAUCUGGUGGUACUACAUGAUUUCGAUGUCCUUCUACUGGUCCCUCACUGGCACCCAGUUCUUCGAUGUGAAACGCAAGGACUUCUGGCAGAUGUUCAUCCAUCACAUGGUCACCCUGCUGCUGAUGUCGCUCAGCUGGGUGUGCAAUCUACAUCGCGUCGGUUCGCUUGUCCUGGUCGUUCACGAUUGUGCCGACAUCUUUUUGGAGGCUGCCAAACUCACCAAAUAUGCCAACUAUCAGAAGCUGUGCGAUGCGAUCUUUGCCAUCUUCACAGUGGUCUGGAUUGUGACGCGUCUGGGCUUCUAUCCACGCAUUAUUUACAGCUCAUCUGUGGAAGCACCGCGCAUUCUGCCCAUGUUCCCAGCCUACUACAUCUUCAACUCAUUGCUUCUGAUGCUGCUCGUUCUACACGUGAUCUGGACAUACAUGAUCCUCAAGAUCGUUGUUGACUCUCUGCAGAAGGGUCUGAUGUCCGGUGACAUACGUUCCAGUGAUAGUGAGGAUCUCACAGACAGUUCGGAGAAUGCACGUCUGGCCAAUGGCUCGGCGCGCUCCAAGAACAAGUCGAACAGCGUUGCGUCUUUGGCUGCAGGAUCUGCCGGAGAAGCAGGAGCUGGCGCUGUCACCCAGCGCAAGACCAACAAUGCCAACAACCACACGACCGAGGCGGCAGGAGGAGCUGCGACAACGGCAGCCAAGUAGGAUGGGAUGCGGGUGAAUGGGGGCAAAUGGAGCGAGGAGGAGCCGGUGGGCACCGGCAGCUGAGACACCAGUACCACUAGUAGUGGGCACACUUCCCGACGGGCAGGCGCAACAGCAACAGCAAACAAACAAAAUCCACAUACACCCCAAAAACACACAACACACACACACGCAAACACACGCAUGUACGCACACACAAACAAACACACACACGCAUACAAAAAAACCAAACCAGUUCAGAACGUUUUUAUGUUAAUUAUUAUUUUUUAUAUAUAAAUCGUUUUUAAGGUUAACAAAAAAGAAACAAAACGAAAACCAAAAGAAAUUUCAAUAAAUGCGAGAAAAUUGAUGUGUAACGAUCCACUUGUACAUCGUUAUUGAUUACAAUUACUAUAACUAUAUGCCUCACAGUUUUUUUUUUUGUUGUUGUUUGUCUUGCUUAACCAAAAAAAAAAAGAAGAGAAGAAAAAACCGUUAAAUAUAACCAUUUAAACGUAAUGCUAAAGUUAAGUUAUUUUACCAAACGAAAUGGAAGAUAGCACAGUGGGACUAAACCAAAAUCGCUUAGGCAAGAAUUCAAUAAACAAAGAGUAAAGAAAAAAAUGAAUAGUAGUCAAAACUAUUGUAAAUACUGUACUUGUAUGUUUCCCAUAUAAAUAAAUUUAUGCAAAACAAAUUACAAGACCCAA